GAUUGCGCAUUUGAGCAAGUAAGAACUCGAAAUCCCGACCUGGGUAUAUAGUACAAGCGUGAUGGGCAGCGAGAGUUCUAAGCUUGCUUACCGCAACGUGUUUAUACAGCUGACUACGAAGACACAGCCGGUCGACGCCAACGACAAUGAGUUUUGGGAACAGUUUUGGGCAGAUGUCAACAUCACUGCUCAAGAUAUCUUUGUCCUGAUCCCUUCGGCCGAAAUACGCGCGUUGCGAGAGGAAUCGCCCAACAAUCUUGCGACACUGUGCUACAAAGCUGUUGAAAGACUUUCACAAAUUGCAGUAGCAUCUUUUCCGUCGGUGAAAGACCAACAGAUUGGUAUGAAUGCAUUUUAUACUUAACGGUUAGCCCUUAAUUGUGUGCGGCUGCUCACUCGUCUGCUUCCUUACAUGUUAGAAGACCCUGAUUGGCGUUCUUUCUUUUGGUCUACUUUACCCGGGGAAUCAGAAUCUGCCACAGACGUUGAGUGUGUCCCACCAGCUCAGAUUCUUAUCUUAGCUUUAUGCGAUCUUUUAUUCUGCCCAGAUUUCACUGUACAUUCAUUGAUCAAGGCAGGUCCAGAGGGUCCUGAAGACAUGCAUACCAUUGACAGUUGCGAAUACAUUUGGCAAGCAGGUGUAGGUUUCGCACAGACCCCAGCUCAUAACGCCGCGCACGAUUUGAAUCGCACUGAGAUUCUGAAGCUGCUUCUUACUUGCUUCUCGGAAACCAUGUACCUGGAACGCGAGGAGGCAUAUCAUGUCCAGAACAAGUGGACUACAUUCUUCACUAGUGCUAGCAACCGGCAUGCCCUUCCUCUCUUCGCCUCUUUGCUAAAUGUUGUUUGCGCCUACGAUCCCGUUGGGUUUGGCCUCCCAUACAACCAUCUCAUGUUCUCAGAUAGCCGUGAGCCUUUAGUCGAAACUUCACUACAGGUCCUAUGCAUCGUGCUAGAUGCGUCGAAUUCCGCCGACACAACCAGUCCACACCGGAACCUACGACAUCAAGUGCCUAAUCGUUUGGGUUCAUGUUCUGAAGAUACCACCAGCUCCGCUGGAAAUGGUUCUGCUAGCCGCACCAGCAUGUCCGAGCCUGAAAACAACGAAGUCAAUUUAUUCGCAAGCUACAUGUCGCGCAUCCAUCGUGAUGAGGAUUUCGCUUUUAUCCUCUCCGGUCUAACAAGGCUGCUGAAUAACCCGUUACAACAAACCUACCUGCCCAGUUCAACUAAAAAAGUUCAAAUGCAUCAAGAGCUUUUGGUGCUGUUUUGGAGGAUGUGCGAAAUCAAUAAGAAGUUUAUGUACUACGUGCUCAAGUCGAGCCAGGUGUUGGAUCUGCUUGUCCCAAUACUCUAUCAUCUCAAUGACUCGCGAUCUGAUCCCACGGACUGGCAUUUUAUGAUCGUAAUUCUUAGUAUCCUUUGUGUCCGAGAACUGCUACCACAUGUCCUGUUCUCAUCUACAUACUACGGAAUAACGAAUGCAAUACUCGAACAAGAACAUGCUUACAAUAGUUAUGCUCUCAGUUAA